AUGCACAAUUUUCCAGUUCUAAGGGAAUGUUUUGUUGAGCAUUUACUCUAACACCAAACUCUGCAGAAGUAGAAACUUUGUUUGAUGCACACCCUUUUCGAAUGUUUUGUAAAAUCGGUGAAGAGCCCUAAAUUGAAGUACCCUAUAUAUGCCCUUAGUGAACGAGUUUUUCCUGAAUAUGGUUCUCCUGAACGACGAACGAGUCUGCUUGUGCUAGAAGAUGAGCAAGAAGACCACUCCUUACGACUGAUUCUCUGUUUGUUGGAUUAUCAUUUCGAGUUGUCUCCUUUUUCUUCAUCUCCUAGAUUAGUCGUUUACUGGAGAGUUGUCUGGUUAUGGACAUAUUCUUUUGCAAGAAACACCUUCAAGCUUGGAUUAGGAGGAUAGCUCCACUCUGCUAUUCAUGUUAAUGUACUCUAAUCAAAAUUUAAAGCAAAACUUGUUUUGAGCAUUUACAUGUUGUAACAAUCUAGUUGAUAUCAUUGUUUUCAAAAUUUACAAAGUAAUCAGAUUCUCAUCUUUUGACA